AUGGGUCUUGGUGGGCCUGUAUAUGGUGGGUCUUAUAUGGGUCUUGGUGGGCCUGUAUAUGGUGGGUCUUAUAUGGGUCUUGGUGGGUCUGUAUAUGGUGGGUCUUAUAUGGGUCUUGGUGGGCCUGUAUAUGGUGGGUCUUAUAUGGGUCUUGGUGGGUCUGUAUAUGGGGGGUCUUAUAUGGGUCUUGGUGGGCCUGUAUAUGGUGGGUCUUAUAUGGGUCUUGGUGGGCCUGUAUAUGGUGGGUCUUAUAUGGGUCUUGGUGGGUCUGUAUAUGGUGGGUCUUAUAUGGGUCUUGGUGGGCCUGUAUAUGGUGGGUCUUAUAUGGGUCUUGGUGGGUCUGUAUAUGGUGGGUCUUAUAUGGGUCUUGGUGGGUCUGUAUAUGGUGGGUCUUAUAUGGGUCUUGGUGGGCCUGUAUAUGGUGGGUCUUAUAUGGGUCUUGGUGGGUCUGUAUAUGGUGGGUCUAGAAGCUUAUAG